CUCCCAUCAUCACAAUUCCCAAGGUCGUGACACAAUGUCUGAACAUCCCGACUCACUUGUAUCUCCCAAAGCAUCUGACUCCGGCCUUCAUAUCCAACUUCACCCUCUAAUCCUACUCACGAUCUCCGAUCACAUCACCCGCCACGCAGCCCGAUGCCAGCAAGGACCCAUAGUCGGAGCGCUGCUGGGCCAGCAGAACGGCCGUGAAAUCACCUUAGAGCAUGCUUUCGAGUGUCUGGUAACGGAAGGGCCGAACGGGGAGGCUCAAAUUCCGGAUAGCUGGUUUGUAGAGCGAGUCCAGCAAUUCAAGGACGUGCACAAAGCGCCGGCGCUCGACCUAGUCGGAUGGUGGUCGACCUGCCCAUCCAGCGGCCCCAAUGCAUCCCACCUACCCAUCCACCGCCUGAUCCUCGAGAAGCACAAUGAAUCCGCGGUAUUUCUCGCAUUCCACCCUGCCGAGGUGGCCGGAGCAUCCUCAAAAGGCGGCAAACUGCCUCUCACCAUCUACGAGAGCGUGUACGAAGGAGGCGAGGAUGCCAACACCAACACCAUGCAAGUCGACAGCGAGGACCAGCCACCAACGUUGAGCAUCAAGUUCCGCGAACUCCCUUACUCCAUCGAGACCGGCGAAGCCGAGAUGAUAGGCAUCGACACCGUCGCACGAACCGCCCGCAACGCAGCCAUCUAUCCCUCGAGCACCAACACAGACCCAUCGCAAAUAAGCAAGGCCAAACAAUCAACCAAGGAACAACAGCAACAACAACAACAACAACAACAACAACAACAACAACAACAAUCAUCAACCGAACCAUCAGCCCUCCUCUCGCCCGAAGAAGAAGAGCUAAUUGCCAGCCUCAACACCCGCCUCAACGCCAUCCGAACCCUCGAAUCCCGAAUCUCACUCAUCAAAUCCUACGUCUCCAGCAUCUCCACCUCCCCCUCCAGCACCAGCAACAGCACCACCACCCAACAACCCACAACAACAACAACAACCCUCUCCCACCCCAUCCUCCGCAACAUCAACGCCUGCCUCUCCCACCUCUCCCUCCUCACCCCUCCCGCCAAUAGCGCCCUGAACCGUGAAACCCUCGCCCAGGCCAACGACGUCCACCUCGUCGCCCUCCUCGGCCAACUCAGCCACAGCAUCAGCAACAUGCGGGAACUGGGCAGACGCACCGCCAUCCUGAACAACGCCCGGCGGACCAUGGCCGCGGCCGCGCGGAAAUCCGGCCCGUCUGGCGGCUUGGGCUCUUUGGGUGGGAGCGGUGGUGGUGGGAGUGGCGGUGGUGUGGACCUGCAGAUGCGGAUGGCGGGGUUGCAGGGGCGGUAUGGUGGGGAGGAGAUGCUCUACGGGAGAAUGGGGGGCGGCGGGGAUGGGCUCUAG